AUGGCGUUGGUGGACAAAACCAGAAAGCCCACGAUUCCCAGCGGCUCAUCGUCGCGCAGACACGCGCAGACGGAGCCACGGAGGGGCUCCUCCUCCGCGCCGCCACUCGCCUCCUCCGCGCCGCCCCCGACCACCUCCUCCGCGCCGCCUCCGACCACCUCCUCCGCAGAGCAGCACGCGCCGUCCCCGACCACCUCCUCCGCGGAGCAGCACGCGCCGCCCCCAACCACCUCCAGCGGCAGCAGCACGCGCCGCCCCCAACCACCUCCAGCGGCAGCGGCAGAUGGAUCUGGCGGAUCCUACCUUUCCCGUGUCCUCCGCCUCGACCAUGGCCGCUCCAGCACCAGCAGGCCCGUGCAGCGGCGGGAGCAACAUGUAUGCCAUGUUUUUAAUCUGAUUGUCCAAGAUGGGUUGACAGCAGUGAAAAGUGCAAUUGAUAAUAUAAGAGAAAGUGUGAAAUAUGUGAAGAGCUCUCAGACUCGAUUGGAUAACUUCAAUGAAGUAGUUGCACGAGUUGGUGUUUCUUGUGCACUCCCUUCUGUUGAUGUGCAAACACGCUGGAAUUCCACAUACCUAAUGCUUCAGUCGGCAUUCCCAUUUCGAAAAGCCUUUCAUACUUUGGGGAAAGAAGACAGAAACUACAAGUUCUGUCCAUCCUCUGCAGAGUGGAGAAGAGCUGAAACUGUAUGUUCCAUCUUGAAGGUUUUCCACGAAGCAACAGAGGUGGUCGCCGGUUCUACUUAUCCUACUGCAAAUUUAUACUUCCAUGAAGUCUGGAAUCUGAAACUACUAUUGGAGAGAGAAGCAGCAAGAAAGGAUGAACCGACGCGCAAGGAUGGAGUUAUCAAUUCAAUGGUGGAAAACAUGCAAGAGAAGUUUGACAAGUAUUGGGUUGAGUCGUACUUGGCAAACUGUAUACCUGUGAUCCUUGAUCCUCGGUUCAAAAAAGAAUUCAUUGAGUUUCGACUCAAGCAAGCCUUUGGAUCAAAUGCCACUGAACAUGUGAGCAAGGUGGAAGCAACCCUCAACGGCCUCUUCAAGGAGUAUUCUUCGCAAAUGUCAAAUUCAUUGAAUGAGUCAUCACAAGGAGAGUAUAAUGACGAGGUUGGGACAGCACAAAAUAAUCUUGCUGAUUGGGAUAAGCAUUUGAGCAAUAAACAACGACAGCCUACCAAUGAACUUGAAACAUAUUUGAAAGAGGACAUCUUCCCUCGCAGAGAUGAUUUUAAUAUCCUUGAAUGGUGGGCGCUUCACUCUUCCAAAUACCCUGUACUUUCUCGAAUAGCUCGGGAUAUUCUUGCUGUGCCUGCUUCCGUGGUACCCUCUGAAUCAGCUUUUAGUACUGGACAACGAGUUGUAAGCGACUACAGAAGUAGAUUGAAGAGUACAACUGUUGAAGCCCUGAUAUGUCUUCAGGAUUGGCUAAAACAUGUUCAGUCACUUGCUCAUGUUGUGGAUGAUGAUGAUCUGUGAGGUGGUAUGAUCUUUGAGGAGCAAAUGUCGGUGAUUCCUUGCGGAUGUGGGUGAGCAUGCAUCUACUUGUCUGCUUCGUUGUGCGAGCUCGACCCCAGUGUCUUCAUGCCAGAUUGAUGCAUCUUCUGGGAAUUAUGGCACAUCCUAAUUUUUAGUUGCUGUUACUUCACACUUGAAGAACUCUGAAAUGCUCACAGUUUAUGCUGUUUCUAGAGGUUACCUCUACUGGAUGCUCUCUUUUGUUUUUGGCUGCAGCAAUGCCAUGUAUCGACAUGCCUGCCUCUUUACUGAAACCU